AUGCUCCUUAGCCGACAGCCAUGGGACCAGCCAUUCGGUGGCUGGGGCUCUCGUGGUCAUAUUCAAUGUCGCUACGAUCUUCCUCUGAGGCUUUUUGAUUCGCGCAAACAGAACCAUGACUGCAUAGACAAUAAGAAGGCAAGGGCUAGAGCUCGACAGCUGCACAGAAAUAAGACACUAUCAAGUCAUUUGAAUACCGGUGGCAAUACAAGCUUCGCGCCGCCAACUCAAGCGGACAGUCCUGACAGGGUCGGCAUACAACGGGACACAGACAACAGCAUCCAAUGGGUCACCUUCAAGGUUUCAAGGACCAGGCCUACUAAAGAGUACACGAUUCGAUGCGAUUUGAAAUCGGUGGAUAUCAAGUCAUUACCAGAAUCAUUCAAGGAAGACAACACUGUUUACCCAUUGGCUCGCGGUGCGAAAAGUGGAUUGUACCAGGAUGCAGUUCACCACUUGGCGCUGUGCAACGUGGUUGGCUGGUCUCUCGCUAGGCUGAAUCCUAUACUAGAACAAAGUCGUGAAUUGUUGUAUUGCGCAGUGGAAGCUUGGCUGGCCGAUGAUCCAAACAAAGCCUCUACGCAAUUUGGGUACAUUCUUCCAGAACACGCUUCACCCUUGUCUGGAAGUGCGAUGAAAAAUUUCUCCAGCACACAUGAGAACAAUCGGACAGAACUUGAUUCUGGAGCAACCCUGAUUCGGCAAGAUUCCAGCACAUCCUUUCGCGGCCUCGCAGGAGCUCCCAGUCCCGUUGUACUUGCCGAGGAUCCCAAGGACAGAGAUCGAGACGCGCACGAGAACCGCCAGUUCAAAGAGGUGCAUGAAUCCACUUUCCACAAUGCUCUUCUACUACAGCCCCAGGAGCUCGGUAUCGACACAUCCAGCGACAUCGGAACUGGUGCCAUCUUUGGAGACUUUGAGGCCGACGAUGGACACACUCUUCACGAAUUCAUAGACGGCCACGAAUUAUCUUCGUCUCUCGAAACGAAUUUGAUGCAGCACUCAUUGAUGCCAACCUCCACCACAUCUAAUUUUUAUGAUGGAGUUGCCUUUGUGGACGAUCCUCAAUCCAUCGUGCCUGCAACCCCGGUUGAAUUUUCCCCGGAUGAUGCCCACCAUUUGAUCACAAUACCGCCGGGUACUAACGUCAGCCACUCUGUGGAACAAGUAAUGAAAAUCUUCACGUCAUGGCUGGAGGCAAAACUCAUAUGCAUCACUUCUCAGACCCAAGAAACCAAAAUUUCCACUGGGGAUGCAGCAGCUAGCAAACCAGAUCAAAGCUCAAAAAACAUAUCUGGAAAGGCGUCCGGAAGGAAGAGCCAAUUCAUGGCUAAAAGGCAGCUGCCAUCAGACGACGAAGACAAUGGGGACGAUUCCAACGAUGAUAGUGGCCGGAAAUGGAAACGCAGCCGGUCAAGUGUUGAGGACGACAAUGAUAAUGGCGAUGCCGUAGACGAAGAUACUCUAGCCAAGCUACGAUCUAGGAAGAAAGGUACCGAGAAGACGGUGCAAGAAAAGUGGAACACCAUGUAUCAAACCAUAUUCCCCAAUGACACCGCCAUCCCGACUUGCUUUGAUGAGGUUUGCCGCCAACUACCAGCUGUCCUACAGGCGUUGAACCAGCAACUCUACGACAGCUUCCAGAUGACCAAUACUCCACAGAUGGAUGAGGAAAGUUCUCAGACCCCCGAGUCUCCGAUCUACACACCUGAACUGCAGGAUGCAUCCAAUGAGUCAGUUUCUCAGCUGCAGCACAAUAUCCGAAACCCUCGGCCCGAGCUUGGGUCAACUUACGCGACAAACUGUACAGUCGGCAAUUCGAUGCCACCAUUUUCGCUCGAGGACUUUGCAAUGCCUGCCAUAGGAUAUGGCGAUAAUGAUUGGCCUAUGUUUGACUCAACGCUGCUUAUGGGGCUUGGGGUCGAUAUUGGUACACAAGAGAAAUCAUCCGACUCAGGGUACGGGUCGCAAGUAUAG